AUGGCUGAAGCGCUGCAUGGUCCUUCCCCUCUACUUUUGCUCCCUUCCUUCACUUUUGGCAGUCACAUUUACACGUGCCUGAAUGAGCAAGACCGUAAAGCUCUCCGUCUUGCCUGCAAGGAAUCCAGGCUCUUUGUAAACGGAGAGGUGAAAGAAGCGUGUGUACCUGGCUCACUCCUUGGCGGCCUGUCGCUUCGACGUAUAGUUGAGACCUGUCCACAGAUAGCACGCUUGGUCUUGGCGGACUCACAAAUUGAGCAUGUUUGCGGGAAGACCUUGGCGGAAUUCCUCAACGACAAUGUGCCUGGCGAGGGUUUUCAUUACCCUCACGGCGUUGGCGUGCAGAAGCUGGAUGUAAAGCAGUGCAAUUACCUUUCGUCUACGGAUCUACAGCGGCUAAUUGGAGCCUGCCCGCAGCUGGAGAGCCUGCGCACCUCACGUUGGGCCGAUGGCAGCCACCUGCGAGCCUUGCUGCCCCUUGCGAAUCAGCUCACGGAACUGGACCUGGGAGACAGCGCCCACAAUAUUUUGAGCAUUACGGACAAAACACUCGCUCACAUGCCGCUGAUGCCUGCGCUGCGAACUAUCAGCUUGAAGCGUUGCAUCGAGGUUACCGACGACGGCGUUGCACACUUUUCUCAGGCGCGGCUGCCAAAUUUGAUCUCUCUUGAUCUCUCAUACACACGCAUAACCGGCACCUCCGGCUUUGAGACGCUGUCAGGCCUGCUCUCCCUUGACGUUCAUGGCUGCCGCGCCUUCGGUGACACCGGCCUGGCGGCAGUAUGCACACGCCACGCCGGCACGCUGCGUACUCUGUACCUUCAUGGCACGGCCGUACAAUCUGGCAGCGGCAGCCUGCGGCACCUGGCGCAAGCAAGCGGCCUAGAGGUGCUGGACCUCGGUACUGCGUGGGAGGUGGACAGCGAGGGUCUUGAGGCGCUUUCCUGCUGCCGCACCCUGGCCGACCUGCGCCUCGGCAACUUCAACCUACGCCAUCCACGUCUGCCCCGGCAGCUCCAGCAGCCUGAAGGUCUGAACAGCACAACUACGGUCGCCGCUGCUACCGCUGCCGCCACAGCGGGAUCGUUGCCAUGUCUGUUGCGGUUGUCCCUGGGCGGCAUGUUUGGACAAUACGGUUUGGAGCGGCUGCUGCGCUGUCUGCCGCGGUUGCAGCGCCUGGAGUUGGCGGGAUUGGACACUGCCAGAGAUCAGGUGCUAGCGCAGUUAGUGGCGAGCCGGGGCGGCGCGGCUGCGUCGCUGCAGGAGCUCCUUCUGGCCCGCGGCGGCCCCGACCUUACCGCUGGGGGCCUUAUGCGCCUGGCGGCGCUACCCGCACUGAAGCGCCUCACUCUCAUUGAUUGCCCCUGCGCCGCCACCAACGCCUCCGUGCAACAGCUCAUCCACGCCGUACGACUCGCCGGGCGGAUUCUGCAGGGCAGCCGGGCAAGAUGGGCGAACAAGAGGGCGGAGGAUAACCUGGCAAAGCCUGGAAAGCGGCUGUGGAGAUGA